CUCUCUGUUCACAUCACCGCGUUCCCUCGCUCUCUAUUGGCCGUCUGUGCUGUCAAUCACCGGUGGGGGCGGGCUCAGGGACAUUCCUCUCCUGUCUCUGAUGAAAAAAAAAAAAAGAGAAAGUUACCAAGAUGGCGGAGAAGCCCUGCCUGUCCGCUGGAUAACAAUAGAGACAGAAACAGAAGGGACGCAGUUUAGCCCGUUUUAACCGGACUAAUCCGCUCCAAACUGCGCGUACAGACCCCGAUUUGGGCGGGGAGGAAUAUCCGGGACCGUGUGGAGGAAUACAUAUAAAUGCAUUCUGGGAAACGGAGUUCUCUUCUGCCCGUCUAACCAGAAAACAUAGAGUUAGCAGCUAACGGCUACAGGGAGGCGGAGGAUCAGCUGUUUUCUAGACAGAUGCUGUAAGAAAGGAGCCACGCUUUCACAUGAGUGUGACUGAAGGCCAUUAGCAAGACAAAGGUCGCCUCCAUGGAGCCAGCACAGGAGUCUUUGUAGAGGGGGGGUGAGAGUGGUGGUGAGAAAAGAGCCAGAUUCAGCAUUUUUAUGGACGAAACCUGAGACGGGGGAGUUUUUUUUUUCGUUUUUUUUGGUGGAGAGAGUCUUUUAUUGAUGAUGGCGGAUUUUGUUACACCGCGACACAGCGCGGUGAUGGAGAGGCUCCGCCGGAGGAUCGAGCACUUCCGGCAGCAUCACAACAGCUGCGAGAGCCGCUACGACACCGCGACGCUGGAGCGGCUGGAGCACGAGCGCCAGCAGACCUUCAACCUGCACCAGAGAUGUUUACAGGCGAAAGCGAAGCGGUCCAACAAGCACCGGCAGCCCCAGAGCAGUGCCGGGGAGCAGAGGGAGCAGCAGGCCGCUCAGAGGGACCAGGGGGCCGGCCAGAGGGUGCAGGGAGGAGCCGGGGGAGAGCACCAGGCCGCCGGGGAGAGUGGAGGCAGCGCGGCGGAGCAGAGCCGCAACAGCACGCUGAUCGCGCUGCAGGAGACGGUGAAGAGGAAGCUGGAGAGCGCCGGCUCCCCGGGGAAUGGCUUCAGCGACGGCUUCCCCCCCAACAAGAAGGCGUGUCUGGAGAACACCGGCUCCCCGCUCGACUCCAAGCUGGGCCUCAGCGACGUGCUCAACGCCAACGGGAACCACGGGAACAACAACAACAACAACACGGACCCUCGAGAUCCAACAGACUUCCAUCGUAAAGAAAUGAAGCAGGAGCCGGACGACAUGCUGCCCAUCAUGCCUCCUUCAGGAAACAACAGCCUGUUUCCAGACCUGAACCUGAACGAGCAGGAGUGGACGGAGCUCAUGGAGGAGCUCAACUGUUCUGUGGCCUACGAGGACAUCCAGGACAUCCUGAACGACGGCUUCGAGGACCGCAAGGACCCCCUGGAGAUUGGGGGAGGAGCCUCUUUACUCCCCCCUGAUCUGGUUAAUGUGAAGACAGAAUUCUCCCCGUCCUCCGUGGCCUUUGAGCAGGAUUCUCGUACAGUUUCUCCUCAUCUCAGACCCUCGUCUUCGUCUUCGGGGCCUCCUCCUCCUCACUCCACAAACUCCCCGAUCGCCUCCUCUUCUUCCACCUCUUCCUCCCCCUCUGUGGCUCCUCCUCCUCCUCCUCCUCCUCGACAGCACCACCUUGCCCCCCCCCCCAAAGAUCUGUCCCCAGCGCAGCAGCUUCAGCAGCUCGCGGCGCAGCAGCAACGCUCCAUCCUUCACGGACAAAUACAACACAAACAGCCUCAAACGGGGGCCAAAUUCCACAACCAGGGGCCCCAUGUUCACCCGCAGCAGUGGCCCCCGAUGGCCCCCCCCUCUCAGAGCCCACUAGGGGGUGCGUUUGGAUUGGAUAAACCCAGCAGCCCCUCCUUAUACCAGCAGGACUUUAACCCCGGGGCUCAAAAGCUUCUAAUGCCCAACAAAGGGCCACAGAAAGCAGGGUACAUGUCGGGGCCCCAGAUCCCCAACAUGAUGGGGCACCAGGUGUCGGGGUCUCCCCUCGGACACCCUGCUCCUCCAGGGGCUCAGGUGACGGCGGCCAUGUUGAACUACAGCAACACCAAACCCCUGUCUCACUUCGAGGCGGCGCCCGGACCCCCGAGGCCUCAGAACACUCAGAGUCAGAACAAAGCUGCGCUGCUGACGCUGCUCCGACAACAACAACAGAGCAAACAGAAGAACAUGAACUUCAGACACAUCCCACACACACAGGACCAGAACUCGUACGCUGCUCCUCCUCCGGGACCCGGAAACAACCCCGCCAUGUCAUCGUCGUCGUCGUCGGGGGUACCGCCCGGUAACCACGGCAACACCGGGGCGUACCUGAGCAGCCAGGUGGCGUUGAAGCAGCAGCAGCACCAACAGAUCCUGGAACAGCAGAAACAGCAAUAUCUGCAGAGGCAGCUGCUCAUGGCCGAACAGGAGAAGCAGCGUCAGCAGGACCAGCAGCUGCAGAGGCACCUGACCCGCCCCCCCCCUCAGUACCAGGACCAGCCGGGACCACCGACCAAUCAGAACGCUUUCCCUCAGCCACCAGGCAACCAGUUUACAGCUUCCUCUCAGCCAAUGGGCAGCGUCGGCUCGAUGGGAGGCCCCGCCCCCUCCCAGCGCAUGUUCCCCCAGAACCAAGGCAUUCUGGGUAUGAGCCUCGGGGGGGGGCCGUCUGGAGGAGUAGCUCCGCCUCCAACAGGAAGUGACAUCAGCCUGACUUCUUGCGGCGGGGACGUCCUCUACAACAACAACAGCAUGCAGCAGCCGGUUGCCAUGACGAGGCAGCCGCUGAGCGCCAUGGCAACCGCCACUUAUCGCCACUCCCUAUUGGCUCAGCAGCAUCUGAAGGGGCCGCCGAACGCCUCCAUGUUGAAACAGCAGCAGCAGAUUAACGCUCGCAUGCCUGGAAACAUGCAGAGCGUCGCCUGGCAACAACAGCAGCUGGCCAAUCAGACGCCUCCCUUUAGCUCCGCCUCCAACACCUUCCACCUGCAGCAGCAGCAGCAGCAGCAGCAACGUCUCUCCAAGAUGGCCCCCGGCGGGGCAGCUAGCUUCGGUUCGAUCCCCGGCGGGCGGCCAAUGGGGGGUCUGAACAUGAUGCAGAACAACAUGGCCGCCGCGCAACAACGUGCAGCGCCAAACCCUCAGAUGUCCAAUCAGCCUCAGCAACAGCCUCAGCAACAGCAACAAACAGCCAAUCAGAGCGCAGCAGGGCUUCCUGACCUCGCUGCGUUCGGACAGGUGGUUGCCGGCGGCGGUGGUCGCCCCGGGUUACAGUGUAACCAGGGUUACCAGGUGAGCAGGACCGCGGCGCAGCAGCAGCAGCAGGUGGCGUUCGGGUACAACGUGGCGUCAGGAAGCUUCGCCGGAGAGAGCGAGCUGGUGGACUCGCUGCUGAAGGGACACAACGCUCAGGAGUGGAUGAACGACCUGGACGAGCUGCUAGCCGGGCACCAUUAGCAUCUGAUGCUACGCUGUUAGCUCCUGAUGCUACUCUUAAAGCUACUCCUGAAGCUACACCUGCUGAAGGGACACGACGCUCAGGAGUGGAAGAACGACCUCGACUCGCUGCUGAAGGGACACCAUUAGCUGCUGAUGCUACACCUGAUGCUACACCGUUAGCUGCUGAUGCUACACCUGAAACACCUGCUCCUGAAACACCUGAAACACCUGAAACCUGCUGAGCUGCACCGACACUUCCUCUGAUCAGGCAGGAGGUCGGAGCGUUAGCAGCAUUAGCCAGCGAGCUAACGGAGUGACAAGUCUCGUCUCACUGAUUCACCAUUAGCACCUGAAAGACCUGCUGAAGGGACACAACGCUCAGGAUGCUACACCAUUAGCAUCUGAUGCACCUGAAGCACUUCCUGCUGCACCCGAUCUGAUCUACUUCCUCUGAUCAGGCAGGAGGUCGGCGCGUUAGCAUUAGCGUUA